GCCGACGCGAGCUGUGGCUCCCUUACAACCACUCUCCAACAACCAUGCCCAAGAACGUUGAGGCCUCGGGCGACUUCAAGGUCGCCGACAUGUCGCUCGCCGACUUCGGCCGCAAGGAGCUCGACAUUGCCGAGCACGAGAUGCCCGGCCUGAUGGCGGCGCGCAAGGAGUUCGGCCCGGCGCAGCCCCUCGCCGGCGUGCGCGUGAUGGGCUCGCUCCACAUGACCAUCCAGACCGCCGUGCUCGCCGAGACGCUCGAGGCGCUCGGCGCGGACGUCCGCUGGUGCUCGUGCAACAUCUUCUCGACCCAGGACCACGCGGCGUCGGCGUGCGUGCGCGCGGGCACCGCCAACAUCUUUGCGUGGAAGGGCGAGACGCUGGAGGAGUACUGGUGGUGCACGGACAAGGCGCUCACCUGGCCGGACGGCGAGGGCAUGGACCAGAUCGUCGACGACGGCGGCGACGCCACCCUCCUCCUCCACGAGGGCAAGAAGUUCGAGGAGCAGUUUGCCAAGGACAAGUCGCUGCCCGACCCGGCCUCGACCGACAACGCCGAGUUCAAGUGCGUGCUCGCGACGAUCAAGAACUCGAUCGCCAAGGACCCGACCCGCUUCACGCGCAUGGUCCAGCGCAUGGUCGGCGUCUCCGAGGAGACCACCACCGGCGUCCACCGCCUCAUCGCGAUGGCGGACAAGGGCGAGCUGCUCUUCCCGGCCAUCAACGUCAACGACUGCGUCACCAAGUCCAAGUUCGACAACGUGUACGGCUGCCGGCACUCGCUGCCCGACGGCAUCAUGCGCGCGACCGACGUCAUGCUCUCGGGCAAGAAGGUCGUCAUCUGCGGCUUUGGCGACGUCGGCAAGGGCUCGGCCGCGUCGAUGCGCGCGCAGAACGCGAUCACGUACGUGACGGAGAUCGACCCGAUCUGCGCGCUGCAGGCGUGCAUGGAGGGGUACCAGGUGGUGACGAUGGAGGACCUGAUCUCGGAGGCGGACGUCUUCAUCACCACCACCGGCAACAAGGACAUCAUCACCCUCGAGCACAUGAAGAAGAUGAAGAACAACGCCAUCGUCGGCAACAUCGGCCACUUUGACAACGAGAUCCAGAUGGAGCAGCUGGAGAAGGCGACGACGCGGAUGAACAUCAAGCCGCAGUGCGACAAGUACACCUUCCCCGACGGCCACGGCGUCAUCGUCCUCGCCGAGGGCCGCCUCCUCAACCUCGGCUGCGCGACGGGCCACCCGUCCUUCGUCAUGUCCAACUCGUUCACCAACCAGACGCUCGCGCAGCUCGAGCUGCGCAAGGCGUACGUCGAGGCGGGCAAGGACAAGGCCAAGUCAAAGUACCAGAACCAGGUCUACCUCCUCCCCAAGGAGCUCGACGAGAAGGUCGCCCGCCUCCACCUCGGCCAGCUCGGCGCCCACCUCACCGAGCUGAGCACCGAGCAGGCCGACUACAUCGGCGUCAAGAAGUCUGGCCCGUACAAGCCGACCACCUACCGGUAUUAGAGCGCGCGGCGGCACGCGCGGAGAGGAGAGAGGGAGGAGAGAGGGAGGAGGCGGGGGGCGCACCGGGGCGCACCCGCCACGCGGCCGGAGGGCGCGCGGUAUCGAGCUACGAGGACGUUGGAGAGGACACUUGUCUGUGGAGAGGACCAGUGGGAGGGGAUGCGGAGCACGGAUGGAUUACACACUUCUACUACUGUCAAUGUGAUGAAUGAUGCGAUACACCGAC